AUGUCGAAACCAGCAGAACAAGGUCAACAGAUCGACCUCGGAUCGCUCUCAGUACAACAGCUCGCCCAAGUCAAGAAACAGCUCGAUGAAGAGACACAAUCCCUGACGAACUCGUACGCCCAAUUGCGCGCCGCCCAGCAAAAGUUCCGCGACUGCAUUGCCUCGAUUACUGCUGGUGUCGCAAACUCAGUCGCCGACAAGCCCUUGCUGGUUCCCUUGACUUCUUCGCUCUACGUCCCUGGCACACUAGCAAGCACCGAGACUGUUCUGGUAGACGUCGGAACCGGGUUCUACGUUGAGAAGACAACUGAGCAGGCAAAGAAGUUCUACGAGGCAAAGGCAGAAGAGCUGGGCAAGAAUGUGAAGGAUCUUGAGAGCAUUGUCCAGGGCAAGAACCAGAACUUGAGAUUGAUUGAGGAAGUCAUGCGCCAAAAGGUCCUCGCGAGCAACCAGGCCUCAGGCAGCGCUUCCGCAUCAUCAUAG